AAUCAGAGCAGAGAAAGUUUUGUUUCCGGGAGUGUUUGGUGAUGUGGCUCUGAAAUCCAUCCGAGGAAAUAAGACAAAUAAAAGCAGCCGUAUUUACCUGAGGGGCACGCGCACAGUUUUAUCUUGAUGUUGAGCCGUCUGGCCACAGUCCUCCAGGAGCUUUCUGGAGAGGAGGGUGCAGAUGGAGAGCAGCAGGGCGCACUAGUGCCUCAGACCCCUCCUGUCGAGGGCCAGACUCCCAUGGACCCUGACACUCCCGAGGACGCCAUGGAGAGACUGGCUCACCUAGAACAGCUGGUGGUCCAGCUGAAGGAGCUCAUACGAGACAAAGACACACAGCUCAUUCAGAAGAACUCAGAGCUGACCAGCAAAGAUGCACAGCUCAAGAACGAACGAGAAGAAGCCGAGGCUCGCUUCACUAAACUCAAACUCCAAGCUAAAGCCAAGAUGGUUUCACUCAACAAACAGAUAACUGAAUUGAAAGGCCAAGGAGGAGCAACGCCGAGUCCGGACAGCUCUUUCACCGGAGCUGCUGCUGCAGUUGAGGAGGAGCUUCAGGAGCUGAGAAACAAGCUGAGUGAGGAGGAGGCCAACAACAAGGAGCUUAAGGAGCAACUCCAAGUGACCCAACAGCUGCUUCAAGAGAAGGAGGCCUCUCUUAAAGAGCAGCUGAGAGUGUUGCAGGCUGUGGUGUGUGAGAAGGACGUCCGCUUCCAGGAGCAGAUUCAGAAACAUGAAGAGGAGCUGCAGAGGGUCACCUCUCAGGGUCAGAAUGACGGCGAGCUGCAGCAGGCUCUGCAGUCGACCCAGCAGCGAUGUGAAGAGCUUCAAGAGGCCUUAAGCUCUCGCUCACAAGAGCUAGAGAUGCUGCAGCAGGAAGUGAGCAGUGCUGAUCAGCAAAAACAGAUCUUGACAGCUCAGUUCCGGCAGAUGGAGCAGGAGUUGAACGAUGCCGUCGAGCUGAGGGAGGAGGCGAGGCAGCGGGCCAGUAGGGCGGAGGCAGAACUAGCAGCUCUAAGAACCAACGUGGAGGCCCUGGAAAAGGAGGUGGCAAGGCAGGAAAGCGAGCUGUUUUCCGUGAGAGAAGCAGAGCUCGCUUUUCAGCAGGCUUUGGAGAAGGAGAGGAUGGAAGUCACCAGACUGGAGGCAGAACUGGCCCUGGUGAAGGAAGCAGAGCUUGUAGCCAUCCAAGCACAGAAAGAUUCCUCAGAUAAAUACCAGGCAGAGAUCAUUCAGCUGGAAAGUGAACUAGCAUCAGUGAGAGAAGCAGAAUCUGUAUCCAGACAGGACACUUUAGAAAGAGACAAGUCCGAGGUUGAAAAGCUGGAGAAAGAACUGGAAACCCUCAGGGAGGAGAGACGACGCACGCAGAGGGCGAAUGAGAUUCUAGCUGAAAUUUGGAAACCUCUAUGCUCUCUUGCUGUUGAAUCUGUGCCAGAGGAAGUCCCUGACCCCCCUGACCUUUCCUUGAUCCUGGACACUCUGCAGUCUGUAGAGACUCAGCUGACACAGCUGAGAGAGGAAUGCAGUGAGAAAAGUGAACGAUGUGUCCAGCUCACACAAAACCUGGAAACUGUUCAGGAACAACUGGAGAAAAAAACAGCAGAGCAGGAAGAGGCUGCAGCCAAGAUCCAACAGCUGGAGCAGCAGGUUCUCAUGACAUCAGAAAGAAGUGAGGUUCCUGAAUCAUCACAGGAUUCAACUGAAACUGAAAAAGCAGAUGUGGUGAUGCUAGAGCAUCAGUUGUUAGAAAGAGACAACGAGCUAGCUGCUUUACAGGAGUCUCUGACACUGGCUGCAGAUGGUGGCUCCAGAGGGGCAUCGUCAUCAGAGGAAGACUUUGUUCAGAGACCGGAUCAGGACUCCAUCACACCACCCACUCAAGCUGCUGCUGUUCUCUCUGAUUUCAUAGAAGAUUCACAAGAAGAAGAGGCCACACUGGUUGCUGAGGACACCUCCGUCCUCUCCAUUUCUGCUGAUGCUGAGAGCAGUCCGGAGCUUAUUGGACACCAGUCCGAGUCUCCUGAAGAGUCCAAAGGAACAUCCUCAGAUGAAAUGGUCACCAGUAGCGACUCUGAGGUGGUCCACAACAGCUGGACGCUUCUGGAAGCUGUGAACCAAGAAGGAGGUCAGGAGUGGCCCUCCGUCCCACAGGACUUUGGCCAAUCGUGGGUAACAACUAGCAUGGAGCAGGAAAUCUCUACAGUUCAAAGUGAAUCAUCCUCUGUCGUCAUCGGAGAGACAGUUGAGGUUCACUCGACUCAACAGAGUUCUUCCUCUGAUGUCACCAUGUCUUCAGGAGUUUUUGCACAUGCUUUAGCUGAGGAGCUGCAGAAGAGGUACAGUGAACUUCUGGAGGAGGUGCAGAGGCUCAAAGAUGCAGCAGUAGAGUCGCAAGAGAAAAUCUGGAGCCUGAAGGAAGAAACACGGUUCCUCGCUGUUGCUAGAGAAGAAGCCGAGGCUCAGGCCCGUGACUCUGCCAGGGAGCUGGAGUCUGCAAGAGAGGAAGUGAAGAACCGUGUACAGCAGAACAGCUCCAUGGUAGAGAAGCAUGGCGUUGAGGCACAGCUCCAACAAGAGCAGAUUGAUGCUUUGAACGGUGAAGUAGUGUGCAAGGAGCAAAAGAUCCAGACUUUACUGCAGACUCUGUCUGAGCAGGAGAGCGAGGCCCGGAUGCUAAGCGCUCAGCUGGAAGACCGAGAGAUGCUCUACUCUGAGCUGGAGAGGAAGUUUCAGGAUAUGGAAAACAGCAUGUUGGAGUAUUCACAAACCUCGGAGCUCAGUAAUGAAUCCAUGUCCAAGAAGGACUCCGAGAUCAGCGAGUUACAUCUUCGUCUGAGCCAGAGAGAGGAGGAGGUGAGGGAGCUGAAUGACAGCAUGUCUGCUAAACUCCUUCAAGCAGAGGAGGAAAAGUUUCAAAUAAAAAGUGAAGUCAGUAAACUGAGGGAGCAGAUCAUGGAGCUUGAGAAAGUCAGAGAUGACACGAAGGCAGCAACUCCUGAACCGGCUGAUCAUCCAGACGAUGAACUUGUUAGUUUACGAAAAGAAAAGGAAGAGCUGGAAAGCCAGCUGACAACCACAAAAAAGAAGCUGCAGGCAGCUCUCGUGCAACGCAAAGAGCUCAUGAAGAAGGUUGGUGAAUUUGAGAAAGAGGCUCAUGAACGUAGAGAAAAGAGUCAAACGAGUCCAGAAGAUGAGCCUCAGUCAGAAAAAUCUAAAGAACAUGAGACUCAAGACGUGGAGGCUCAACUUGUGGAGCUCAAAGAAGCUUUAAGAUCCAAAGAAGAAGUCGUUCAGAAGCUGGAGGAGAAAAUAAACCACCAGGAUCAAGUUCUGUCUGAAACACUCGCUCUGAAUGAAAAGCUAACACAAGAAGCUGAAAACUCUCAGCAGGCUGAAAAGUCACCUGAAGCAAGUGCACUACAAUCUCAGGUUUCCUCUCUCGAAGCAGAGAUUGAAGCGCUUCAGAAGAAGCUUCAUGAGGCUCAAGAGUCCCGCAAAGAAACGAUCCGUAAAGCCAAAGAAAAAGACCGACAUCAUCGCGAACAAAUGAAGCAGCAGAAAGAGGAAUACGGCGAGCUGACUGAUCGCUAUGAGGUCCAGAGCGGAGAAAAAGAAGCUCUUCUUGAAAAACUUGCAGAACUAGAAAUAAAAAUUAGUUCAGAGAGCGAGAAUGUUCCUCAAGAAGAACUUAAAAUCGGGACUGGAAGGUCCGCUGUGAAUGACUGGGUCCAAGAGGACUGGGUGGAUUUUGUUUCUUCAGAAGUCAGUUCAUCACAGCCACGAUCCAGCGGUCCAGGUCCGCAUCCCUCUACGCCGCCGGGCGACCACUCUGCACAGAUGGAGGAGUCUCCGAACGCUCUCAGAGAGGAGAUCGAGAUUGUUCGACAGGCGAACACUAAACUAGAGCAGCAGUUACACGAAACGCGUGCAAGUCUGUCGCUGAAGGAGGCUCAGUUACUGGAGAAGGUUAACGAGCUGCAGGCGCUGAGAGAAAAGGAGAAACAGAUUUAUACACUCUCCGAAGAGAUUAACAAUCUAAGAGAAAAGUAUCACCAAGCAGAGUCUUGCGCUGAAACGUUAAGGUCGGAGAUGGAGGCUGCAUCUAAAACGUCCUCAGAAUCCUCCAUAACGGCACUUCAGGCUGAAGUGGAAGACUUCAGGCAGUUUCUCGAUGACAAGAACCGUGAGAUCCUGGAGCUCAGUCAGCAGCUCGGCGAGCAGAGCUCACUCAUACGCUCGAUGCACGACACCGUGUCGCAGAAAGACCAACUCAUUGCUGCUUUACAAGAGGAGCUGAAGGCGGAGCAGGAAAAAACGCAGAAGCUGGAGGCCGAGUCGCCACAGAAACAGGAGGGAGACGACAAAGCAAAGGUUCAGCAGCUUCAACGAAAGCUCCAAGCUGCUUUGGUUUCUCGCAAAGAUGCCUUGAAAGAAAACAAAUCUCUGAAGGAUCAGCUGGCUUCGGCUGAGAAGGCCGUAGAUGGGCUGCAGCAGAAAAUAGACUCUGCAGAAAAAGAGCUGGAGAACCUGAAAAGUGAGCGAGUUAGACUGAUAGAGGAGGUGGAUCAGACACUACUGGAGAACCAAAGUCUAGGCUCCUCAUGUGAGAGCCUGAAGCUGGCAAUGGAGGGUAUAAUCAGUGAGAAGGAUGCCUGUAAGAGAGAAGUGGAACUCGCAAAGGAAGAAGCAGCAAAAGUGUGUGCAGAGUGGGAGGAGAAGGUGAAGGGGAUGAAAGAGGAGUACGAGACUCUGCUGAAGUCCUACGAGAACGUGAGCGAUGAGGCGGAGAGAGUGAGGAAAGUCCUGGAAGCUGCUCGGCAGGAGAGACAAGAGCUGGCGGCAAAGGUAAGAAGUCAUGAAGCCGUGAGGCACGAAGCUGAGCGUCAGGCAGAGGAUGCUCAGAAAGAGGUGGAAUCAGUGAAGGACAAAAUGAGAAAGUUUGCCAAAACAAAGCAGCAGAAAAUAUUAGAGUUGGAGGAGGAGAACGAGAGGCUCCGAGAGGAGCAGGAGAAGUCGGUGACAAAACGAGACAACGCGGCUCUCAAAGCUGAAGCUGAGCGGCUUCAGGACGAGGCUGGGGCUCUGAAAGCUGAACUGGAAGCCACGAAGGCAGAGAGAGACUCUCUAGAGCAGCAAAUCGAAGAUCUGAAAGAACAGCUUACUCAUACGGUGGAAAGAAACCAGGAAAUGUCAGAAACUCCACUCAACCACGCAGCUGUCAUAGAGGAGGUUGUUACCGUGCAACGAUCGGACACAGUUAUGACUACAACAGAGCGUGUUGAGAGAAAAGAAACCCAGGAAAAUCAAAUUGUUGCAGCAACAGAAACACAUUCACUGCACGCAGAAGCAGACCGGACCGACAACGAUCAGACUUUAGUGGAAACGAGAGAGAUAGGUGCAGAAAAGGAGCUGUGGCAUGAACGGGAAGCUGAACUCCGAGCUGAGCUGGCCUCUCUUAAGCAAGAUCUUCAGGAGACUAAAGAGAGAGCGAGUCUCUUCGAGAAGUGCCUUCUAGAGUGCAAGGAGAGAGAAAAGGGUCUAAGUGAAGAUUCCUCAAAGAGAGAAACGCAGUUCAAGGAACUCCUCGCAUCCCUUGAGAGUGAAAAAGAUAACCUGGAGGAGCGUCUAAUGAACCAGCUGGCUCAGCUCAACGGGAGCAUUGCGAGCUACCAGCAGGAAGCGGCCGACAACCGGGAACAGCUGACUGAAGUCCAGCGGGAGGUGGAGAGGUUGGAGAGGGAACGGGCCGAGCUGGAGGCCGAGGCUCAGAGUGAGACAGACCGCGCUGCCAGGCUGGAGGAGGACAUGAGACAGGCCCGGCGGGAAAGAGCUGAAGCUGUAGCAGAGUCUGGGAAGCAGCGGGAGCUGGAGCAACAGCUGAGGUCUGCCCAGAGGGUGAAAGAAGGCAGCCAAAGCCGAACGCGUCAGCUGGAGGAGCUGCUGAGGGAGAAGCAGCUGGAAGUUCGGCAGCUACAGAAAGACUGUAUCCGAUACCAGGAAAGGAUCAGCGAACUGGGUAAAGAGGCCAAGGCCCUGCAGCUGGGUCAGGAGGAGCUGCGCCGCAAACUGGAGCAAACACAACAGGAAAACUCUAAAACAUCACACAACCUCAAACAAGCUGAAGAAGAGAUGGUUGGCUGUAAAGCCCAACUGGCCGAGGCCCACAAACGGGCACAGGAAGUCUCGGCUGCAAAAAUGGCGAUCGAACAGAGCAUUCAACAGAGAGAGGCAACGCUGAAAGCUGAGGCAGAGCGAACUCUAGACUCCGUGAGAUUCAGACUGGGAGCUGAGCUGAAGGAGAUGGAGCUGAGGCUGGAGGAGGCAGAUGCAGAGAGGGAAAAGGAGGAGGAAGCAACCCUGGAAGCCAGACAGAUGGCAGAAACGGCGGAAAAGCGAGCCCAGGAGAUGAAAGCUCGUCUGGACGAGUCUCUAGCCAGGCUAGCUGCCUUUUCGCGCAGCAUGUCCUCACUGCAAGAUGACCGGGACAGAGUUCUGGAUGAAGCUCGGCAGUGGGAGUCUCGCUUCAACAGCACCCUGCAGGGGAAGGAGGCUGAAGUUCGUGAGGCUGAAACUCGGGCCAGAGAACUGGCAGAUCAGCUUCAGAAAGAGUCAGCGCUGAAGGAGGAGCUUCAAUUUUUAGUAAACGGACUACAGAAAGCAGAUGAAGAUUGGCAGCUGAGAUUGGAAGAAAAAGAGAACAAGGCCACGGAGAACCAAGCUGCCUUAGAGCAGGAAAGGAUGAAGCUGGACCAAACCACAGCAGAGCUUCUGUCUGCUCAAAGUGAAGCCCGCAGCCUUAAAACUGAGGCGGAGAGUCAGCUGCAGAGAGUCCGGGCUCUGGAGGAGGCCGUUGGUCGGCUGCAGGGUGAAUUGGAUCAGGCCAGGGCUGAGCUGAGAGAGAGGGAGGCAGAAGAAAGGCGGCUGUGUCUGAACGUGGAGCAGCUGGAAACGGACCUGCGAUCCUCCAAGGUCUUGACGGAGAACUUGCAGACGGAGUUGCAUGAAAAGGAGAAGAGAGAAGUGGAGCUGCUGGGGGAGAUAGAGCAUGCGGUUGCUCGGGCUACAGAGGAGGCCAGGAAGGAGGCUGACAGCAGGGCGCAAGGAGCAGAGGAGGAGCUGGAGCAGAGAAGAGCAGAAGUGUGUGAUCUGGGAGAAAAACUACGGAAGGCCGAAGAGGAGGGCAACAACAGGAAAACCAAGCUGGACUCUUUCACGAAGGCGAUGGGCUCUCUGCAGGACGACAGAGACCGAGUCCUCAACAUGUACAAGCAGCUGGAGGAGAAACACAUUCAGGUAAUCUUGGAGAAGGAUGGUUUGAUUCAAGAGGCGGCAGGAGAGAACAACAGUCUGAAAGGGGAGCUGCGCGCUCUGCUGGUCCAGAGGGAUGACCUUUAUGCUGAAAAGGCCAAACUGUCUGCUCAGCUUCACGGGUACCGAGACGAACUCAACCAGGUUCUAAGCAUGAAGGACUCCCAACACAAACGACUUCUGGCAGCCCAGAGAGAGCGCAUCGCGUCGUUGGAGAAGGAACACGAGGAGUUGGAGAGUCAGUUAAAGAGCCUGAGCAGAGCCAGACAGGAAGAGACGGGACAGCGAGUGGAGAACGAGAGUCUGAGUCGAGCUUCUAACGUCGGGUCGGCCGCGCAGGCGACGGAUGCUCCUGGUGCAGAAGUGGAGAAGCUGAGGGAGCAGCUGCAGAAGGAGAGGGCUGAAAAAGAAGCUCUGGAGGAGCGCCUAAGCAGGGAGAGACAUGAGCAGGAAAGCCAGAGCAAAGAGCUAGCUGAGCUACGAUGGGAGGGUGGCGUGAUGCGCACAGAGUCCGAGAGCGCUCAGGAGAGGGUGGCAGAGCUGGCCCGGGACCUCCUGACUGUUGAACAGAGGCUACUGCAGGAGACGGAGACGACAAAGCACCUGAGAGCAGAGAAUCUGUCGUUUUCUAAAGCUAUGGCUUCCCUCCAGGACAACAGGGAUCAGGCGCUACACAAGGUCAGGGAACUGAGCCUGAAACUGGAGACGAGCCAGGCAGGUGGCCAAGCAGCCCACAGCAGCCCAGGGGGGUCGACCGGGGAGGUGUGGGGCCUGAAGAAUGCCCUACAAGCUCUGCAGAACGACCGGGAGAGACUGCUGGAGCAAUUCGAAACCCAAACUGCUGAGCUGAAGAAGCACAAGUCUGAGCUGGCUCGACUGGGGGCAGGAGAGCUGAUCAAAGUCAGCAAGGAGCUGUUUGAGGAGAAGACGAAGAACAAAGACCUGCUGGGUGUUCUAACACAGCUGGAGAACGCAGUAGAGAUGGGCAAACGGGAAGUGGAGACACUGAGGUUGGAGCAGGUGGACUGGAUGGCUCAAGCUGAACAGCUGAAACAGCAGACGCUCGCCACACUCACAGAGAAGGACCAGCAACUGUGGCAGCUCACCUCCAUGCUGGAAGAAGCUCGAGCUCAGAAACCCAAACUCCAGCCGCAACGCUUGCAGAGAGAAGGCACGGAGGAGCUGGACGGUGCUCCUGGAGCUCCACAGGAGCGAGGCAGCUUUGCCUACAUAGCUGAGGUCAAAGAGUUGCAGCAGAGGCUGGAGGAAGAAACUCAGCAGAGGCUGGUGGUGGAGGAGCAGCUGAUGGCGACGCAGGAUCGACUCAAACGUCACAGCCAGACUACUUGGCACUCCGCACACGAGGGGGAUUCCUCGGAGACCGCUGUAUUUAUCGAGCCGCCUGAAGGAGCCGUCACUCGGACUCGAAGAGGCGGUCCGAGUUUGAUGCGGAUGCUCCGAGUGGCUUUCUGCUCCCGUCAGCGAACCCCUCUGCUGCUCAGCCUCUAUCUGCUCACAGUGCACGUGCUGCUGCUCCUGUGCCUCGGUGGAUACCUGUAAAACCAGCUCAGUCUAUCGACGGGGAGAUGAAGAAAACGUAAACAUGACGCACGCCUAGCCCGAGCCAUUAGUAUGAUUUCUAUUGCUUAAUAAAUAUUAGGAGGCUGGAAAAGGAUGCGAACAUUGCACUUUAGAGAUGAGCCAAAGUGUGGGAUUUUUGUAGAAAAUGGUUGAUUUUGUUUUAAAUCUCCAGUUGAGAAGGCGUCUUCACUGUGCAUUUUCAAGCAGAAGGGACUUAAAGGAAUGCCAUUUGAAUAUUUUUCAUUGAACCAGUGGUUUGGAGGGAAAUGUAGGUUUAUAUUAAAGUGUUUCUGACUGAUGGGGUUCUACAUGUGCCUUUAGAUGUAUUCUCACACAGUCACAUUCAUAUUAAAGCUGAUGAAAGGAGGAAGUGUGCAUAACACUAACACUAAAUGCCAAUCAACACAUUAUAGCUUUGUGAUUUCAAAUCUAAAGAGUAAAACUGAUCUUCCGCAGCGUUAGCAUCAUGCUAAAUGUAGUGUCUUUGCUAGGUCAGCAGAAAUUAAAACCAACCUGUAAAAUAUCACAAGUCUACCAUGGAGAAUCGUACCUUGUUGUUUAUAGUGGCUGUAGGGUGUUGAGGUUGACUAAAGGUGGGUUGUUCUCAGGAAGCCGGCGAGUCUUUAUGCAGAAAUAUUUCACGUGUGUCUCCAGCGGUCGUACGGCGACGGUUCAGUCUUCUAAUCUGCUUUUAGGCACAAAAAUGGAGCACAGAUCAGCUUUAUGUACUUAAACAUUCCUCAUAUCAUCGGGUUGCUUUUACUUUCCUCUUACUCAAACUUGCUUUUUCUUUUUAAAGGAGGACAAUAUUUUCACAUUUGCGCUCAUACUGAGUAUGUCAGCUGGAUGUGGUAGAGUCUGUCCACAUCUAAAUGUGUUUUUGAUUUAAAGCCACAUUUAUUUUCAUGUGCAACGUUACUAAAUCCCAGGUGACUCGGUUUUCUGUCCACCUCCAUCCCAUUAAAGCGGAUGUAGCAUAAUUUAUUCUCCAGGGGAACCUGUUAAACUAUCCACCACCUCUAUAUGCGCCAAUGUCAUUCUCUUAUUAACAACACUGGGUUUUGCACAUCCACUAAUGUUUUCACUUCCUCGUUCAAAAUGAUUCACUCUUUGUAAAUAACUGAUAAAAGGGCUGUACAUAAGAACACACUGUAAUUAGAAGUGUUGUUGGUUUGGACCAGGGAUCUUACACCUUCUGUCUAUUGUUUACAUCUUAAUUAGUGUCAGGAUCUUUGAUUCAGACAAAAACACUAUUUAUGUGUUUGUGUGAUUAAGACACAUGGGGGAGUCAGCCUGUUAUAUUCAUCACACCUUUAGUUGGUUGAAAAGCAUCUGCGAUGAUUUCCAUUUUCAUGUGCAUUUAUUCAGUUACUGGUUCAUGUAAAACCAGCUGUUACUGCAGACACACUUGUUGUGUUCAUGUCCUUUAAUAAAGGGAUUUUUAACCGGGA